AUGGGAAAUAUUUGUAGUAGUGCUUCUAUAGACAUUGCAAAAUCCUGUCAUAAUGAAAUUCCUAGCCCACUCUUUUUAUCGCCUCGCCCUAUCACUAUUGGAAAUUUCUUUAUUAAGCGAGUUCUCGGCCAUGGAUCGUUUGGAAAAGUUCUAUUAGUUGAGAAACUCGAAACUGGCAAGCUUUAUGCAAUGAAAGUCAUAAAUAAAAACUCGCUUGAUAGUAAAAAAAAGAAAUCUCAUGUAUUGACUGAGCGUGAAAUAUUAGCCAAUGUGCAUAGCCCAUUUAUAGUGAGGAUGCAUUAUGCUUUUCAAACUCCAGAUAAAUUAUGUCUCGUAUUUGACUAUUUUGGAGGUAAAAAUCUCAGCUAUCAUAUAAGAGAAAACAAGCGAUUGACUGAGCCUACGGCUCAAUUUUAUAUAGCUGAAGUGCUGUUGGCAUUAAAAGAUAUCCAUGAUAAAAAAAUAAUUUAUAGAGACUUAAAGCCUGAGAAUGUUCUGAUGAGUGAAGAUGGACAUAUUUGUUUAUCUGAUUUUAACCUUUCCAAAGAAAAAACAGAGAAUAAUGGCAAUGACACAAUUUGUGGGACUCCAGAAUAUAUUGCCCCAGAAGUCUUGCUUGGAAAUUCACAGGGUCCUGAAGUAGAUUUUUGGGGUAUGGGAAUUUUAUUAUACGAAAUGAUAAAUGGGAAAUCACCUUUUGCAUCACAAACUUAUGAAGAAACCUAUAAAAAUAUAAUUAGAGGGAAAAUCAACUUUUCCUACUCCAUUUCUUAUCAAGCCAAAGAUCUAAUUAAGAAACUUUUAAAUCCAAAUCCUAAAAGAAGGCUCGCAAACAUCGAGGAUAUAAAAAAUCAUGCAUUUUUUCAAGAUUUGAACUGAAAAGACUUGAGAGAGAAGUAUGUGAACCCUCCAAUUAUACCUAAAAAUGACGAGUUUAGAUUGUCAUACAACUCAUCCACAGGAGAGUCUGAAAGUGAAGAUGAAGAAUACCGAAGAUGUGAAACAAAUCCUGAUAACGUUGGCAGUGAAUAUAAAAAUUUCACUUAUACGGAGUCUAUGUAA